ACGCCGGCGACAGGCACCGAACGACGUUGACGACGACGCCAACGACGCCGAAGACGACGCCAGCCAGCGCUCUCCUCCGCGCUGAACGGCGCUGAUCACGAACUCCAUCGGGAUCAUCCUGCGCGCUGCGGAUCGGCGACGGGACUCGCGCGAACGACGACACUGACGACGCGCGCGCACGACGAACCGGACUCACGACACAUCAGCAUCUAACGGAAAACACGGAUUUUGACGGACGUUGACCAUGUCGUACACGGGCAUUGGCGGCUCGCCCACGAAUCGCAAUGGCGCGGGCGCGGGAUGCGUGCGCCAGGGCCUUGUCAGCUUGAAGGAGGAUGGAACGUUCGCGAGCUGGAUUUGGAAGGCCAAAUGGCUCGUGCUGAAGGAGGCGGUCCUGGAGGUCCGCAAGUCUGAGAAUGCGCCCCAGCAAUCGGUUAUUCAACUCAACGACAUCUCCAACAUCGAGCGCACGGACCUGAAGCCGUACUGCCUACUCCUGGAGACGAAGGAUAAACGGUUCUAUAUGGCUCUAAAAUCCGAUGAAGAACUAUACGGCUGGCAGGACGACAUCUACUCUCGCUCCCCACUCAUGGGUGUCUCAAAUCCGACCAACUUUGUUCACAAGGUUCACGUCGGGUUUGACGCCGUCACUGGCGCCUUCACCGGUCUCCCUGACCAAUGGUCCAAACUCCUCACCAAAUCCGCCAUCACUCGGGAAGAUUAUGCAAAGGACCCCCAAGCCGUGCUGGAUGUGCUCGAAUUCUACGUCGAUCACCAGAAGAGGGAGGAGAUGGGCGAAAUGGGCAUCCCAACACAACCCUACACCGAUGCGCCUGCCCGCUUCAACGCGGGGACCGGGCUUGCGGGGGCUAAUCAACGACCGCCCAUCGGCAGGCAAGACUCCGCACCAGCACCGUUGGGAUCGCAAGGCACUGGUGGACAACAACGCCCGGCACUCUCAACAGAACGCUCGAUACCCAACUUGCAGGCGUCCAGGCCAGCGCCGCCCCGGCCGCUGUUGACAGCAAACCGGCCAGCACCCUCACCACCCAGCGCCGCUGAUCUCCGCGCGCGAAAGCCUGCGCAGGGCCCCUCCGGCGGCGCCCCUCCACGGAAAGAGAGCCUCGACCCCGGCCAGCGCGAACGCGACGACUACGAGCGCGACCAGCGUGACCGUGAGCGCGAACAACGAGACCGCGACCGUGCUGACCGCGACCGCGCUGACCGUGAGGCGCGCGACCGUGAGCAACGGGACCGUGAUCGCGAGCGCGUGCGGCAGCAGCGGGAGAAGGAGCGCGAGCGGGCUGAUCGUGAGCGGGAGCGGGAGGAGCGACCGGGCAUGGGUGCGCCCGCGAAGAGCGCGCCGGCGACGAGCCAGCCGGGGACGCAUCCUGCGCCGGGGGCGGCGGGCGCGCUUGCGGGGCCGCCGCCAGUGAAGCCGUUGCAACCGGCGAAGAAGAUCCAGAUCAAGGAGGAGGAGCGGCCAACGAAGGGGGGCGGUGGGGUCGCGGCCGCGGCGGCUGCGCUAGAAAAGCCGAAGGAGAAGGAAAAGCGGAUCAGCACGAUGACGGAGGUGCAGAUCAUGGAGAAGUUGCGGCAGGUGGUGUCGGAUGAUGACCCGAAGACGAUCUACAGUAAGAUCAAGAAGAUCGGGCAGGGUGCUUCUGGCCAUGUGUACGUUGCGAAGACGCUUGCAACUGGCAAGAAGGUGGCUAUCAAGGAGAUGGAUCUCAGCCACCAGCCACGAAAGGAGCUCAUCGUGAACGAGAUCAUGGUCAUGAAGGAGAGCCAGCAUCCGAACAUCGUCAACUUUCUUGACUCGUACUUGGUAAAGAGCAACGAGCUUUGGGUCGUCAUGGAGUACAUGGAGGGCGGUGCUUUGACGGAUGUCAUCGAGAAUAACACGCUCGAGGAGGAUCAAAUUUCAAGUAUCUGUCUGGAGACCUGCAAAGGCCUUGGCCAUCUGCACAGCCAGAGCAUCAUCCACCGUGAUAUCAAGUCCGACAACGUUCUCCUCGACGCAAGUGGUCGCGUCAAGAUCACCGAUUUCGGCUUCUGCGCCAAGCUGACGGACCAGAAGUCGAAGCGCGCGACCAUGGUGGGCACUCCGUACUGGAUGGCGCCGGAGGUCGUGAAGCAGAAGGAGUACGGGGCGAAGGUCGAUAUAUGGUCGCUCGGCAUCAUGGCGAUCGAGAUGAUUGAGAACGAGCCGCCGUAUCUGGAUGAGGAGCCGCUGAAGGCGUUGUACCUGAUUGCGACGAACGGUACGCCGACGUUGAAGAAGCCGGAGGCGUUGAGCAAGGAGCUAAAGGGCUUCCUCGCUGUCUGCUUGUGCGUGGAUGUCGCCAGCCGCGCGACUGCCGGCGAGCUUCUGGAGCAUGCAUUCCUCAAGAAGGCGUGCUCGUCCGCGGGCCUCGCGCCGUUGCUGCGCUUCAAGAACAAGACGCAGUCAUGAUGUUACUCGUCAUCUUCGCCCAUGCUACCUCCUCGCCGCAAUACCUUUGGCCAAGGGGGCGGCUCGUCAGCGCGUCCAUAUCUACUCACGCACUCGCUCCUCCACUGUGCAUACACCGCAUCGUACCUCAUGUCCGCAGCGUGCUGCUUGCCAGUGUGGUCACACAUCCUCGUACCAUGUUGCAUGUCGGCGUCGUGCUGCUCGUCCGCAUUGCUGCUGUUCAUAUACCGUUCUCUUGCGGCACCGGAUGCGCCCUGACUUUGGUAGCCCAUUUAGCAGUCUUUCAGCCGGCCGUAUUAUUAUCCCACUUCCUUUUCAUUGUGUAUUUGCGGAGUCUAUUCAUCCUCUUUCGUUAUGAUGAUUUGCGGAAAUCUGGG